AUGGCGGAUCCCUCGGAGAAGAUCACCGUCGAUGACUGCAGGGUCGGCGCGUGGGUCGAGGUGUCCAACGGGGGCAAGGAGCCCUGGCGCGGCAUGAUCGCCAAGGUGGACCCGACCUCAUCUCAGCCGAUCGCGGUGAAGUGGGUCGGGAACGCCACGCCCGGGCUAUUGGUCAAGCCCGGGGUCAAAUGGCCGACAAACACCCCCGACGGCCUGUACACUUGGCGCGGUGGGAUCCACUUCGUCGAGCUCGAGACGCUCCUCGAGGUGAACGAUGACCUGUUCCACGUCGCGAACCGAAAGGGGCUGCAGCACGCGGAACUCCCGUGCAAGCCCGCGAACGUGUUUUGCUACGAGCGGACGUGCCGCGGGCGGUGCACCGGCGUGCCGUCCGCGUCGCAUCCCCCGCCGCCCGCUAAGCAGAAGGACACGGCCGGUGCGAAGGGGAAGGUCAAACCCGCGGCACGACCCACCGCGAAGGCCAAGCUCAUGCCCCCUCCCCCGCCCAAAACCAAGCUCACGGCUCCCCCGCCCAAAACGCACAACAAACCGGGUCCAAAGCCGCACUCGUCAGCCGCGGCCAAGAAGGGUUCAAACGAGAAGGUCAAGCCGGCGGAGGAGAAGAAGAGGAAGUACGACGACGCCGGUCUGGGGAAGUACUUCGAGUGGGAGCACAACGUCACCGGGGACUGCAAGCCGAGCGACGUCCUCGUGCCGUUCACCUACAACCCGAGCAGGAUAUUCAACCUGGAGCCCGGCGGCGUGAACUACCUGGUUGAGAAGCGGGCGGAUCCGAACAACGUGCGGUGCUCGUGCUCCACCUCGCUGCUACCCGCGCUGACGGACCAGUUCGGGACGAUCGAGGACCUCCACAAGAUUUCGAAAGGGCAGUGUCCGUACCGCGCGCUGCAGUGCGGCGGCAUCCUGUACCACAUGCACGUGUAUCAGGACCCGGUGGGCAAGGGGUACGGCGUGCGCACGCUGGAGCCGAUCAAGAAGGGCGCGAUGAUAUGCGAGUACUCCGGCGAGGUCAUCACCACCGAUGAGGCCACGCUUCGCGAGCAAAGCUACGUGCAGCUGGGUCUGUUCUACCUUCACGACGUGCACGGCACGUACAGCAAUCACGGCAAGUACAGCAAGAUCAAGUGCACCAUCGACCCGACGAUGUACGGCAACGUGGCGCGGAUGCUGAACCACAGCUGCGAUCCCAACGUUUCGACGCUGCAGGUGAACACCGUGAAUAUCAUGGGGGACAAGAUCCCGAAGGUUCCCAGGCUGGUGCUCUUCACCAAGCGCGACAUCGACGCGGAUGAGGAGCUCUGCAUCGAUUACUCGCCGGGCCGGGACCGGGAGGACCAGCUGCAGAAGGUCAUGAGGUGCUUCUGCAAGACGGCCAAGUGCAAGGGGUGGCUGUUCUGAGGGGGCGUAGGCGUAACGAAUAGGUAAUAGAAACUCUACGAUGUCUUGAAAUGCACGACGGGUGCGCGCGGUUGCCUGGGUUGGAACUUCCCGUUGCGCGCACUCUUUGUGAAAAGACUGUCUGAACUUGAGUAAGAUUAAACGAGGAGGCCAU